AUCACCCUGAAGAAUGUCAGUGACUUAGGUUUUGUGGAGGUGCUGGUGAUAUGACAAGCGCCCCCUUUAAUCAUGGCUAUUCUGAGUGUUCGUCGAAGAAAACAGUUGACGUAUUUUGUCAUUGGAAUGGUGUUUCUGUUAGGCGGAAUCGAAUAUGCUGUUAUUUUACCUACCAUGUGGCUUUACAUAGAAAGUCGGUUCCAUGCACAAGAAUACUUCCUGGGCCUUAUGCUGGCAGCUUUCUGUUUUUCUGGACUGUUCUCAGGACCCUUGAUGGGCAGGUGGUCUGAUGUAACCAGGAGGACAAAGAUAAUUCUGUUGUUUGCAAACUGUUGGGAGAUUGGGGGCAACAUAAUGUACUUUCUGGGCAUCUCCAAGUGGUUCCUCUUUGGUAGCCGAUUAGUAUCAGGUGUGGGAGCAGGAGCAGAAGCGACUCUGGUGGCAGAGCUGGCUCGUGUGACAAGCGCUCAGAAGAGGACGGGUGUGCUGUCCAUGUUCAUCGCUAUACGACAAUUUGGACUCCUCAUAGGGCCCGGGUUUAAUUUGUUCCUAAGAGAGCUUCAUUUUUAUAUAGGACCUUUUCUUGUGGACAAAUACACCUCUCCUGGGGCUUUUAUGGCAUUGCUGUGGACCCUCUUACAACUGCUGAUAUUAUGUGGCUACUCAGAGCUCUCGGCUCUAGCUGCUGCAGAGAACGACACCCUGUCUUCCUCCAGUGUCAUCGUAAACGUCUCGACCAAUCAGUCGCCUGGACAAUCCACGCAGGUGAUUGACAGAUUAAAGCCUCCCCAGUCCUCUGCCAAUCAGAAUGGGACAGUGUCAGGAGUUUGCCGUAGCGCCCCAACCCAGGACCACACAGGCCUUCAUAAGCCGCUGGACGGCUCACACUCUACUUCCUCAUGUCCACAAAACAUAGCUUUUAAACCUGCCUGGCUGGAGUAUGAGGACUGGCAGAAUAGCUCUGAACUGAUAGAGUCUGCGGAGAGAUACAUGUACGUCUCUUCAGAAAAUGACUCCAGGCCAUUCAGUGUUGAGAAUGCACGCCCUCAUUCGUGUCAAGAGGAGAGGACAUCAGAAAUUGCCCGAUCCUACGGGUCUGUGAACUCGUGUGAGCGACAGACUGAAGGUGGAAAUGCUGAGGACACGCCCAUCAUCAGGAGCGGGACACGAGAGGAGGCCAAGUCACAUGGGAGAGUCAGUUACCCCUGGAGAUACUAUUACAAUGAGUACAUGAGAGAGCCAGUUGUUGUGCUGUUGGGCAUACAGUUUAUCAGCUUCUUCAACCAGGUGGCCCUGGAGACUAUGAUAACCCCUUUGACCAAGACAUAUUUGAACUGGGGAGAGUUAGAGAACAGUAUUAUGUAUUGUGGAGCCGGGGCACAGAUCAUAGCAGUAUUUUUUCUGGUGCGCUGGUUAAGCAGUAGGUUACAGGAUAGAACCAUGAUUCUCAUUGGAUGUACAGUCCUGACCAUAGCCAAUGCCUGGCUGAUUUGGGUUAUACCUAAUGCUGUGCCAGGUGAAAUGAAGCAGAAUUUGCCCAAGUUUAUUGUUGGUUUGAUACUGGACAUAUUUUCACUUCCUUUCCUCAUUGUGUGUAGUGUGUCGCUGUAUUCCAAAGUAACUCACAAAGAAACACAAGGUUUUAGUCAAGGAUUGCGUCGGAGUGUGUCAGGGGUAGCUACCAUCAUGGGCCCACUCUGGGCAGGCUCUGCCCUACCCUGGCCGUACAUCAUGCUGGGGGUGAUGCUGGGGCUCAUCACUGUUGCUCUGAUCAUGCUGCUGUUAUCCUUUAGAAGUCUCAAUUUGUCAGAGGAUUUUCGAGAAGAAACCCCGAGAGAAAGCCUUCCGCAUAAUGAGAGAACACCCUUGUUGGCGUGACAUCACAUGAACUGUACCACCCACAGUAUGGUCAUGUGGUCAACUCUUUUCAAACAAAUUCACAUCUUUGCAUUUUUAUUUACCUAAAUUUGUUUGAACCUUUGAGUGGCUCAAGUCCUUUAAAAGGGUGUUCUGAAAUAUUUAACCUUUACUACAAACAUUCCAGACCUUAUUGUUUGAAGAACAAGUAUUUUCAGGUUAAUGCAUGCCUCUGACCAGAAAUGGUUCUUCACUACUCCAAUGCGGCAAAGGCUGUUCAUUUUAUUUUAAGACUCCCUUCAUUGUUCUCUUAGUCAUGUUUAUAUGAGCCACAUUCAAUACUCAGUAAUUUGCCAGUAAAAGGCCUUUAAGAACAUGUCUGUCCAUGUUAUAAUAAGUACAGUUAUGUGGACCUAUAGUUAAGUACAAGUAUAUACCUAUACAGUUAAGUAUAGGUAAAUGCAUGUAUGUUCAUGUAGUUAAGUAUAGUUAAGUACAUGUAUGUUCAUGUACAUGUAUAGGUAAGUACAUGUACUUGUAUGUUGAUGUAUAUAGUUAAGUACAUUUGUGUUCAUGUCCAAUUGCCAUUGUUUGUGAUAAACAUCUUAUGCCUGUGAUGUGAACAUGAUAUUGUUAAACAGUAGACCUGUUACACAACUCAGAAAACAACUUCCUUUGUCCACUAAUAAGAUUUAGAAGAUGAGUGGGAGGGGGGGCAUACCCUAAAUGAACUAAAAUCUCGCCCAUGACUAAUUUGCUUAUUUUGCCAGAUUCCGGGAGAGGGGUGUGGAAGGAAGGGGUGAUAUCCCACUGGGAAAAUGUAAAUUUUAACACCAGAAGUAAUAUCUCGUGACAUUUAUUUGCCUUCAAAAAGGCUCUUUUUGAGGUCAAAUUUUUAGGUCAUUAAGGUAUAUGUUGCUCCUUUUAAUACUCAGAUAUCUCCUUAUUUUCCUGAUGUUAAGUAGCUAUGAUUAAUAGAGUUUCCUAAUGUUUUUUGUUUUGAGGGGAGGGGGGGGGGAGGGUUAAAUGCAUGUAAAGGUAGAGUACAUGUGCGAACACAUGCAGUUUACAUGUGGGUUAUUUCCUCAAACAGGUGGUUGAAGUCACUGCUAGCAGAGCCCUCUAUCUGAACUUCAUCCCUCUUGCCAGGGUAGUUAUGAAAUGAAGAAUCUGGGCAAGGUCAUGCAGCCCAACAUGGGCACUGCCAUGUGGCACACUAAAAUCUCUUAUUGGUAAUUUUGAGACAAAUAUUACAUGUAUUAAUCAUUGGUUUAAUAUUUUCUGUUAUUAUAAUAAAAAUAAUCACGGUACUUUGUAUGUUUCAUGGUUAUACCAUAUUAUACUCUUUUUUAUAUUGAGUACUGGUACUUCUUUUUGUUACUACUUUGCACAUGAGCAUUAUUCCAUUUCUUUUGUAUUUUUUGUACAAUUGAUCACAUGUAUGAUUUUAUAAACUUAUAAUAGAUCUGAUCAAGUGGCCAGCACAAGAAAUCUCUAGCUUCAUUUAUUUUUAUACACACAUUCUGGUCAAUCUAAUCAUGGCAUCCAGCCUCAAUUCGUCUGGGAAUUUUCUAUAUUCCACCCCACCUUAAAGGGAUACAGAAUAGAGAUGGGCAAGUCCAGGCUACGCCUUAGCAGAGCUAAACUUUAGAUAUGGUAUAUCUAUUCAAGUGUGACCAAGGCUGCAAGAUUUAACCCAGGAAACCCUGUCUUCGCUGUUAACCAAUCGGCGUGGAUUCUGUAUCCCUACUUUACUUGGGGUCUUGAAUAAAUGAAUGAAUAAAUAAAAGAAUUGAUUUGAAGAAAGUAACUGUCAAAUUGUACGGUUUGCUCUUCCCAGAUGCCUUGGGAUAUGUGAAUAGCAAGCAAAAGUAUACACAAGUAUAUUUGUAAAACAUGAAGAGUGUCAAAUGAUACAUUGUUACAACCAUCAGCUGUAAUCGUCAAAUCAAGCAU